AUGUGGUCCGGAGCCUCCCCUCAAGAACAAAUCAUAGAAGCCUCCAGACGAAACAAUGUGGAAUUGCUAGCUUCUGUGGCAGAAGCUCAUCCGGAGGACAUUGCAGCACUCGUAAACUCCUCUAAGGACGCCACAGGCAAUACGCCAUUGCAUCUUUGUUGUAAGUACGGAUGCUACGAAGUACUUGAUAAGCUUCUGGACAUUGAGGGUAUUGACGUCGAUCCAAAGCAUCCAAUUAGUGGUGAGACUCCCUUGCAUUAUGCCGUCCACUAUAGUUUCGAGGAGCCCGAAUACGCCAAAUUUCUUAUAGAGAAUCUUCUCGAAGUUGGUGCCGACCCGACGGUUCGCAACAAGGAUGGCCUUAAACCAGCCCAAUUGCUGGGCGACGCCAACGAGGAUAUAAGAAUGACUCUUGACGGGGCCGAAUAUGCAGCAAACGUGCAACAAGAUGAACAGGAGGAGGUCGAUGACGGUCCCUCGGACGAGGAAUAG